AUGAGCGAACACACCCUUGACUGGCUCCGGGAUAAGGCCAUCGGCUGGAGCCACACGCCUCCGGUGAACAAAGUCGAUACUCACCAUCACUGUGUCCCUCCAUUCUAUGCCAAGGCGAUUGAAGAACAAGGAGGCGAUCCCAGCGGUUGGCCUACGCCUCACUGGAAUCCUCUGGCUUCUAAGCUGCUAAUGAAGCGCGUUGGGGUACAGACUGCAAUCCUCUCUGUGACAGCCCCAGGCGCCUGCAUCCUCCCAGAUCGCCAGAGGCGCGCCCAACUUGCGAGGCAAUUAAACGAAUAUUCUGCCGAACUUCGUGACAAAGAACCUGAGAAAUUUUCCUUCUUCGUAUCGCUACCUAAUAUUCUCGACACGGAGGAUGCCCUCUCUGAGAUUGCGUACGGGUUAGACACCCUCCAUGCCGACGGAGUCACCCUAUUCACUCGUUACGGCUCCUCUAAUACCUAUCUUGGCCAUCCAGACAUAGAACCUAUCUGGGCUGAACUAAAUAGGCGUGCCUGUGUCGUGUUCGUCCACCCAACCCACCCCGUCGAUACUAACCCUAUCAACCCGAAGCUUCCACAGCCGGCGAUUGACUAUCCUCAUGAAACCACUCGCACUGCAAUGGACAUGAUAGUGAACGGAUCACGGCUGAAGUACCCCGCCUGCAAAGUCAUACUUUCACACGCCGGCGGAGCUAUCCCAUAUCUUAUUUCCCGGGUCACGACGCCGAUGAAAAAGGCACCUGAUUUUGCAGUCUCUCAUCGCAUGGGCACAACACAUGAUAAGUCUAUGGAGGCGUUCCGCAGCUUCUAUUUUGAUUUGGCGCUCAGUUCGUCACCGCAGGUUCUGGAUAUGCUGUUGAAGUUGGUUCCGCAUGACCACAUCUUAUAUGGAAGCGAUUUUCCAUAUGCACCGGUAACUGCGUAUCCAGCGUUCCUCGAGGAGCUUGAGAGCUAUGAAAUGGAUCCGAAGCUGAGGGACAUGAUCAACUUUGGGAAUGCGAUGAAGUUGUUUCCGCGGUUGGCGAACCGAGACAGGAUGAAUUUGUAA